AUGAAGUCUCUGAUCAUGCUCACUUCACUCCUUGGGGCUGCUUUCUCUUUACCCCUUCCUCCUCAUUCACAGCAUCCGGGAUAUGUCAACUUCAGCUAUGAGAUAUUAUCACCUAUGAAAUGGUACCAGUCAAUGAUGAAACACCAGUAUCCUUCCUAUGGCUACGAGCCCAUGUCUGGAUGGCUGCAGAACUCAAUGGUGCCUCAACAACUUCCACAUCAGCAUGCAAUGCCGAAAUUGCCACAGCAUCACCCUAUCCUGAUACAUCAGCAGCCUCUUGUCCCUGUGCCUCCUCAUCACCCAAUGAUACCAGGGCAACCUCAACAAACACAUCAAAAUCCCACUUAUCUGACAAAUCCAGCAGCUAAUAUUCCAGCAAACAAUCAACCAAUUGAGCCACCAAAACUUGACCAACCAGGGCAACCCCGUUACCCAGUUCAACCACAGCCUCCUCUAAUAGAAGAGCGACCACAAGAUCCAUGGCUACCGACAAGCAAAAACAACCAGGAGGAGCUGGAUUAAAUUCCUUUUGGAAAGCAGAAGAGCAAAAGAGAUCACUGCAUCGGCUGUAAGAAGACUUGCUUUUUUUAGACAGUAAUGUAACUGCAAAAGAAAAAAAAAAAGUAGAAACCCAACACACAGAACAAAAAUAAUUUAAUAUUAAUACGUGUGUCUGGUAUUUGUUUCAGAAACAUUUUAUGUGUUACCCACAGAAAGAUUUGGUUAAUAAAACCUGUAAAAAAUAAAC